AUGACCCACGCUGGGCAGCGAUACUUGACUGCGCCAAGUGAAGUGAUACGAUGCGAGGUGAGGCGGUAUGUGAAAAAGAAACGAGAAUUAAAUUCUCUUGGACACUAUAAGAGCCCGCUUCUCCACAAUACCGGCCCAUCUCCGUCUGUCUCCGGCUCCGAUCCCGAAAGAUCCAUUUCAACGGGAGAUCAACAUCAAAAUGCGUACUUCAUUCGUUCUCCAACUACCCACAACAAUAGCGAUAGCUAUUAUGCUCUUCUCAUCACAGAAGGCCAAUGGCACUGCAUGACCAAUUCAUUUCAAAGAUGCGCCGAGGGCCACUGGUCCAUGAAAAUGAACAUGGCUGAAGGGACAAAAUGUGUUCCAGCAGGUUAUACAGAUGACUUUAAUUUUCGUAUUGAGCAUGAAGGAAAUGACCACGACAAUAAGGAGGACCGAAAUGAUGAGAACCGGAGUAACGGCGGUGCAAGCCUUGGAGCACGGAAUUCAAACAGUAUUACUGCAAUCGCGGUUAUUUCCUCUUUAUGGGCUGUUUUGGGAGUUAUGUCAUAG